AUGCGAUCGGUUGUUAUUGAAUUAGAGACAGUAGUCGUAGGAUUGAUGAUGCUUCCUCCAAGAAGGAAGAAGUGGACAGAGGCUGAAGAAAGAACCCUAAUAGACAAGUAUGGUGCAAUGAUUUGUGAUGGAACUUUAUCUAAAAUGAGAACUAGAGAGAAAAAGUAUAAGCCAAUUGCCUUAUAUGUUAAUUCUAUGCAUCAUGUUCGCGACCCAAUUUCGUAUCCAUGGCAAUGGACUUGGAAGGAUGUAUCAACUAAAGUACAGAACAUGAGGCAUCAGUAUGCAUUGGUGAAGCAGAAGAUUAAAAAACCCGAAUCAGUGGGUGAUUCAGGGGGGGAGGAGUUCGAUUGGAUGGAGGGGCUUACGCAUUGGUCAAACUUUCUUAGGUAUAAGGAGGUGUUUGGGGAUGUGGCACUUGCAUUUAGUGGUAAUGAUUCGAUAGCUGUUGGUGGUAAUGAUGAAAAUGGUGGCGGGUUUGAUGGAAGCAGUCAUGGCAUAGAGAUUGUGCAAUUUGGGCAUCUGGGUCAAGUUGGGGAGGGUGAUUUUGCCAAUGGGAUUGAUGGAGUAGAUAAUGGGAUUGUGGGUUUAGAGUUUGACUAUGAUGGGGAGGAAGGAGAGGAGGAUUACAAUGCUGGUAAUAAGAAUAGUAAUCUCAUGAAGGAUGAUGGAGAUGAUGGAUUUGUUUAUGAAGACAUUGAGCCAACUGGGUCUAAUGCAAAGAAGAAGAGGAAAGUGUUGAAGGGAUUGGGGAAAAGGGCUUGGGGUUUUCUUGCAAAUCAGUUGAGGCACUUGAGGGAAAUGGAAACUCGGUUUGAGCAGCGUGAGGCAGAGAGAGAGCGAGAGAGGCAGAGGAGAGACGAAUUUCGGAUGGAAAUGGAGCAGGAACGUGAACGGAAAUUGGAAGAGAGGGAAAAAGAGAGGGAAGAGAGGGAGAAAGAUAGGGAGAAAUUGAGGAGGCAGUGGAUUCUAGAAUUGGAAGCUAUGGAGGAGGAGGCCGAAGAGAGAGAACGAAGCAAAAGAGAGAAAACGUUGAUUUCUGAGAGGGAAUGGGAUGAGAGGAUGAACCGGAGGAGAUCAGAGUGGAAGAAGAGAAUUGACGAGAUGUUGAGUCAGCACCGAACAGAAAUGAGCCAGUUGCAGACUCGGAUUCUUCACGAACAACAGAACCUUACUAAUCAGUUGGUUGGAAUUGUUUCCCAGUGGACUGGUCAUCCAACUGGGAUUUCUGAUCACACUGGAGCAAGCAGUCAUUAUAUUUCACAGAUGAUUCAGAACUUGCACCAUGUGAACGAUAUUGUUCAUGAUGAUUCCAGAGUUGUCGGGGAUCAUCAAGAAGAUCAAUUCAUUGUCGAUGGAUGA